AUGUUAAUAUUGAUAGUGUUGGCAUUUGCUUAUGCUCAAAUUCAGGAUGAAAAAUAACUGACAAAUGCAGCUUGUGUUAUAUUUUCGAGAUAUUACUUGCAAUCUAAUUAAGAGUUAGCUGGAAGAGCAAUUGGAGAAAUGGUUCACUUAUAAUAAUUAUCAAAAGAAGAAGCAGUUAACUCUGCUAUUGCAUCCUUGGUUGAAUCCUGUUUAGAUAGCAUCUCUACUUAGGAAACAAUGGAGAUUAUUCAAUAAUUGCAAUCAUAAAAAAUAAAUUUGGAGGCACAUUAACAUUUGGUUGAAAAGGCUGAUAUAAAGAAGUACGGAUCAAAAAAGAAGAGUGCAAAAAAGAAUGAAAUUCUCAAAAUAAUUAAAUCCAUUGAUGAAAUGGCUAAUCAAUAGAAAAGAGAUAAUGAAGGGGGGGAUGAUGGAAAUGAUCAAUAAGAUUCGGGAAGAAAGAGACAGCGUAAUAAAGGUAAAUAAUAAGAAUUGCCUGACAUGUCUAUUUUCGAAGUGACAGAAUUGAUAAUUCUCUCAUCAUUUGCUUUGGUGGGUAUUUUACUUUCAUAUAUAAUUUGCUGCAUUCCAGAAAAAAAGAAGAACUAAAAAAAAGAGAAGACCAAAGUGAAAUCAAAGGAGCAAGACGACAAUAAAUCGUCACCUAAAGAAGAGGAAGAAAAUUUAGAAGAAGAGGUAAGUUCUUCUAAGGAAGUAGCAGAUAAUAAGGAAAAAAAGAAAGCAGAAUGA